AUGAGCGAGGCAAGCGUGGAGGGAAACGAAUUGUUCAACGCCGACGAUGAGGAGGAGCAGGCGGAGGGUAACGCGGCUGAUAAAGCGGUGGGCAACGCGGAUGACCGGGCGGAUGACCCCGCCGAAGGGGGCGCGCGCAGGAAGCGGAAAAAGGAACACCAGCAUACGUCCCCGUACGUGGAUAAGGAGGCGGAGGAGGACGACGAUGAAGAGGAAGACGGGGGACACGACGGUGAUGACGACGAUGACGACGGUGAUGACGAUAACGAUGACGAUGAUGGGGGAGACGCCGAGUACAGGGAAAGAAAGGCCACCAGCAAGGGGGGGGCGAGUGGACUGAAAAAGAGGAAACUGUCAAAGAAGAGGUACCUGUCGACCUUCCUAGACACAGAGGCGCAAGUGGGGGACGAUGACGAGGAGGAGGAGUACGCCAGCUCCUACGUAGAGGAGUUUGAAGAGGCCAAAAAAUUGGAGAAAAAAAAAAUGUACGAAACGAAGCUGAAGAGUGGAACGAACCACCUAGCGCAGACCAUUAACAAGCUAUCGCAACGGUAUGAAAAUGAAAAGGAAAUAAAAGAUACCCUUACAGAUGGGGAGACACUAACAGAUGAGGAGAUGUCCGGAGAUGAAGACGAGUAUUUCGAUGAAGGUGAAUGCUUGUCGACGUUUGAUAGCCCCAAAAUGUGGCUGAUAAAGUUGUUCAGAAAUGGAGUGGAGAGAAAUCUAGCCAUGGGAAUUUACUACAAAUAUAUGAAAUUGAAAGACAACGAUUUUAACAUCAAGGGGGUGUACGUCUCGGAUAACCUCAAAGGGUACAUCUACGUCGAGGCGGACAGUCUAUACAUGCUAAAGAGAUUCCUCUUAGGGUUCAAAUUUAUUAACCUAAAUGAGAUUACCAUAGUACCAGUGCAAGAGUUAACAUCCAUUUUUUCCAUGUGCCACUCCAAAGUCAUCAUCCCAAAGGUGAAUGAAUACGUCCGCAUUAAGAGAGGAGUGUACAUGAAUGAUAUAGGCCAAAUAUUUGAGGUGCACGAGAAGGGCAUCUAUGCCAUCGUCAGGUUAAUCCCCAGAAUCGAAUAUGAUAAGUACAACCAUUUUAAGAAGGGGAACUACCACCUGGGGUUGACUGGCUCCAUGAGCAAGGGACCCUCAGCCAUGUUCGAUGAGCACAGUGGGAAGACUGAAUCGUAUUACUUGGGGGAUAAAUUCGAAAUGAAUAGCCACGGUAGCAGGGCCAUCAUACCUGUAGGAACUGCCAUCGGAGGGGAUGCCAGAAAUGGCCAAACGGCAAAUGAACAACUGGAAUUGUUAGACGAAGCGUUACAAAUUAAGAGGAAGAAAAAAAAAGAAAGGCCAUUAAAAAAGCUAUUCGAUCGGGAAGAAAUAGAACAAAUAGGAGGAGUCAUUGAACAUGGACCCUACCCUAGAACGAUAAAAUAUCAAAAUAACAUUUUUGAAGAAAAUGGCUACCUUUUAAAAAAAAUGAACAUAAAAUAUUUAAUCUCGGAAAAUGCCAACAUUACUUUGACGGAAAUUAGAGACUUUAAUAAAAAUAACACCAAUGAGGAGGACAUCAACCUGCACGUGAGCAAAUCUUUCAUCAAUAAGAAUUCGCUGCACCUAUUCAAGAAGGGGGAGAGGGUCAAAAUUAUGAAGGGAGAGUUAUACAACCUUAUAGGUACCAUAACCAAUGUGAGUGAAAAUGUCUUGACCAUCAAUCCGGAUAAUUUGGCAAAAAAUUUUAAGUUCCUCCCAAGUGAUGUAACUAAGUAUUUCCUCGAAGGGGAUAACGUAACGGUUAUUAAUGGAAUUCAUAAGGGAAAAAGUGGACUCAUUUCGCUACUUGAUUAUAAGGAAAAUGUCGCUCUUAUUUUUUCUCCCUCUUUGAACACCGAAUUUAGGUCCUCCAUUCAAGACCUCUCUGCCUGUGAGCAUAGCAGUAGUGAGGGACUCGGUGGGAUUAACUCCCUCAAUGGGUUCUCCAUUGGCGACCUGAUAGAACUCACCGACAGGCAAAUUGGCAUCCUAACCUACAUCGAUAGGAACAAGCACAUUAGAGUCCUAACAAGCAAUAACAAAACUUUGCACACCACCAUUGGAACCAUCACUUCGAAGCGGUCUGCGAUUGGCCAAGUGUGUAAAGACGAAAAUGGAAACAUCAUUCAGGCGAAGGACGUCAUCCAAGUGGUGCGAGGGAUUCACAAAAAUAAAGUGGCCGUGGUGAACUACAUUUGGAAAAAUAAAGUCUUUGCUAAGAUUAACAAAAAGAUUGAAGACAAUGGGUUUGUCGUUCUGGACAAUGAGAAUUGCAUACUCACGGGGAACCAAAAUGAGAAGAAAAAAAUCGUCACCCAUAAUAAUCUUUUUAGGGUGAAUAGUAGCAUGCUCCCCAGGAGGGUUAAUACCUACCAGUCGUUCAUUGGGAAAACUGUCAAAAUUUUAAGCGGCGUUUAUAAGGGCCUCCUCGGAGACGUCAUCGAUGCCGAACGGGAUGAGUUUACCCUCCUCUUGAAGAUCAAGCCCAAGACCAUUAGGCAGAAAAGAACCGAGUGCGCCAUUGCGGACUCUUUCAGGGAGAAUUACAACCUCACGGAUGAUAGGUAUUACAACGAAGGGGGGAGCAACGGGCUGGGCGGCGCACUAGCGGGCGAGGGGUUGGACGCCUCCCCGAGGUGGAGAAACAGGAGUGACCGGCACGACUGGCGAAGGAGCGACGGGGUGGUUGGCGGUGCGAACGGUGCGUACAGCGCGAGCGCCUCUUCCCACGCCGCGCCGUGGAAGGGGACGAAUGGCAGCCACCAGCUCCCGCUGCCCCCACUGCCGCACAGGAGUGAAAGCGGAGGGGGCUUUCAAGUGGAGCACGACGCGCUUCGCCCGCACGACCAGAAAGGCUUCGAAGGAAACUGGGCCAGGACUUCACACGAAAAUCACCCAAACGGUAACAGCAGUUAUAGCUACAAUCGCAACGGGCGAGCAGGUGACCCGAUUAGUUUUAACGAGCCACCUAGCAGGGGAGGAGGAAUGAAUGAGGAUGGCAAAAUAAGUGCCACCAGAGGGGGCAACCCGGAGGGAGAAUUCCCCAAUGGACAGUACGGGACAGGACCCGGUUCCCACGUGCUUAAUGCCGACCAAAGAUAUGACGAUCUCAGGGGAAGAGGCGGUAAAAGCGGCACCUCCAAGGGGCUAGGAAAAUGGGAUGACGCCCCAGGCACUGGUGGCAUCAAUGGAGGGGUGAACAACCCUGGAGCGACCAGUGCGUCUAAUUUCAUGGACGCACAUCGAGACAAGAACAAUGAAGGGAAGGCGUCCCCCCUUUGGCUAGUCGAAGGGAUUAUGAUUAAGGUCAUAACCCCGGGGCCCUUUUACAACGAAAUUGGGAGAGUUACAGAAGUAAUGAAGAAGAGCCUGUACACUAUUCUAAAAAUAGCAACCGAGAAAACGUCCUUUAGCAUCGUGUCCGAUGCCGUGAUUCCUUUGAAGCCCAACAGAGUAAACGACGAAGUGCUCGUCGUGGAUGACGGCAAGGUCGUCGAGGGAACUGUCCUUGACAUACAGAAUGACGACGUCCAGGUGAGUACCGCGCAGGGGAUAUUUACCUACCACGUGGGGCACAUUUUUUUGUUCAAGAGGCAGUUCCCGUGAGGGGUGGCAGCGGGGCGGCAGCCGCUUGCAGUUCCAAAGGACCACGGUUCUUUUUUUCCCCCAAUUUGUGCACCUUUCUUUAUCAUUUUUUUACGUCUGCGUGGUGUUAACGUUAAUCUGUUGCCAUGUUAAUCUGUUGCCAUGUUAAUCUGUUGCCAUGUUAAUCUGUUGCCAUGUUAAUCUACUACCACGUUAGCAUGCAACCGUUAGGGGUUUCCUCCCCGGCCCACGUGAUGAAGCCGUUUCGUUGCUGGCAUAAACAGCGGCAGCAACGUGAGAAGCUCGUGGCGGACGGUUAAACCGAAAGGGUCGGAGCAAAAAGGAGGGUGCCUAUUCGGACGCUGAGGUUAAGAAGGCCCGAUCCGAAACGGCACCACCUCAUUAUUCUGCUACAUUUUACUCUAUUUCGUUUAUUAAUAUACUUUUAACACAUUUUGCUACAGCACUUUUGAGUGUUUUCUUUUUUUUGCUGCUCACCCCCAAGCGCAGGUGGCAGGGCAGCCGCGCCACUUUUGUAGCUACUUCAAAGGAGGUAACCAUGAAAGGGGGGCAUAAGCUAAGGAAUGCACGUUCGUUCUAUGUAAGGUGAAGCACAACAAAUAUGGGCGGCUUUCUUUUCUUUUUUUUAAAGAAAGCGCUAAUUCAAGUGGGGCUAAAGAACAGUGCAUUUUGUGUACUUUAAAAAAUAAGGGGGUGAGAAAAUGAACGGAUGCGGGGCCGACUGCAGGGCGCAAUUUUGCGCCGCUACCGCACCUACCGCAUGUACCGCCUCUUCCACCGCUACUACCCCAGGUGGGCCUCUAUAAAGGCCAGCACCUUCCGAACGAUGUUCUCCGGGGUGAAGCCC